AAGAAGUCUUUCUCAUUCAGAUGUCGGAAACAUCAAACAGAUAUCAUCAGAGAGAGAGAGAGGGAGAGAGAUCAUCGUGAUUCGUAAUAGACUCUAAAAACUUGUUAUUGAAAAGUUGAAGAUGAAGGACAGAGGAGAGGAAUCAUCUUCUGGUUCUUCAAGAACAAACAACAACAACGGCGAACACGAACCUAGAGAAAUCAACAUCCGAUCAUUCUCUUCUGUUCCUUCUUCUCCUCGUAACGCUUCUUCUAAAUACGAUUUCGUCAAGGUGAAAGUAUGGCUUGGAGACAACGCAGAUCACUACUAUGUUCUGUCUCGUUUCCUAGUCUGUAGAAUGUUAACUGUUACUAAGAUCCCAAAUCAUGAGGCUAUAAAGAUUUCUCUUGAGCUCAAGAAGCUUCUUAUUGACAACAGUCUUCUUGAUGUGUCUCAGUCUGAUUUGGAAACCAAUUUGUUUAAGCUAAUGGAGCGACGUGGUUAUGGGGAGGAGUACAUUAAUCGUUACAAUAUGAUGACAAAAUUUCAUCAUCAAAGAGUGCCUCUUGUUAUACUUGUUUGUGGAACAGCUUGUGUUGGCAAGUCCACUAUAGCUACACAACUUGCUCAGAGACUAAACUUGCCAAACGUCUUACAGACAGACAUGGUAUAUGAGCUGCUUCGAACUGCAACUGAUGCUCCAUUGACAUCAACUCCUGUAUGGACUCGAGAAUUUGGCUCAUCAGAAGAGUUGAUUACUGAAUUCUGUAGAGAAUGCAGAAUUGUUCGAAAAGGACUUGGUGGUGAUUUGAAGAAAGCAAUGAAAGAUGGGAAACCAAUUAUAAUUGAGGGAAGACAUUUAGAUCCAAGCAUAUACUUAAUGAAUGAUGAGAACAAAGCUCCAUCAAAUGAUCCCGAGAAGAGCAGCAGCGCAGAAACAAACUCUUCAAGAGAUUUAACAUCGGAUAAAAAUCCCGAGGCAGGUUCUUCUGACACGAAAGAAACCGAGAAUAGUACUAUGAAACCACAUUCUCAGGAUGAAGCCAUGGCAUCUACUGAAGCUAUGGACCAGUCAGAAAAAGUUACACAAUCUGAAAGUUCGAGAGAUGCUGAAAAGAAAAGCAAAUCUGCAGAUGGAAGUGGGAAGACGAAAUCUGGCCCUGAACCAAUAGUCAUAUCUAUUGUUUUAAAAAUGUCUGAAUUCGACCAUAAGGCUUUGUUAGAGGAGUGGAUCUCUUCUCGUACGUCUGGAGAGAAAUAUACAUCUAAGGUGAAAGAUAGACUAAUUACAAACCUAAAGACCAUUGAAGACUACCUUUGUUCCUUCAAUUCACAGGGAGUGACUGUUGUAAAUAUAUCCGCCACCACAUUCCCGCAGACACUAGAUUGGCUUCACAACUAUCUUCUUCAGCGUAUCGAGGAAGGGAUCCGAUCAUCAGAGAAUGAGGCGCCAAAGUAAGAUUUGACUCAUUCAGAAGAAGUCUCGAGGAGGCUAGAGUCGUCUUCUUCUAUACUGUAAUCUUGUUUGAAAAUUGUAAUACAGUUAAAACAAUUGAGAUUAGAGAGAUGUCAAUGAUUUUAGAAACAUUUCGAUAGCGGGUAUUGUGUUGUUCUAUAGCGUCGCUGUCACUCGUUAUAAAAACAUUGUCAGACAAGUUCUUGCACAUAAAUUUGUUGCAUGAACUAAUACAUGGAUCUUUCCCUAUGUA